CACCUUGCAUAUAUGAUUUAGAGAAAAGACUUUUCAAACCAAAUAAUAAUAGUUGUAAUAAAAGUAUUCGCAUGUGUGAACAAUUAUGAAAUAUGUGUAUACCUUCGCCCUGUGCAUUUUUCUUGUACGCAACGUAGGUUGUUUGGAAUGUUAUAACUGCCACGGUGUGAUGUCACCAAGUUCUUGUCAAAGUCGACGCACAUGUGAAGCGGGACAGUCGUGCUACCAGGAGAGUCGUCGGACGUCGGCGGGAACCGUGUUUGAUAUGGGAUGUAGGGAUACAGCGGUGUGUGCUCUGAUGGAUACCAUCAUUGUUGGUCGGUCCGUGGAGAAGCGCCAACAGGCGGACUGCCGCAAGUGCUGCUUUGCUGAUCUUUGCAACGACAAGUUUUGCUCCUUUGUUUAUCCAGCACAAGUUCGGCUGACAGGUGGUGUUUCCGCAGCCGCAGGUCGCGUGGAGAUUUCACUUGACAAUGGGGAAACGUGGGGAACCAUCUGUGACGACAGCUUUCUUAAUACCGAGGCCGGAGUUGUAUGUAAAAUGCUUGGAUAUCAGAGACAAGGGGCCAUAGCAACAUCGCAGUUUGGGACUGGGUUAACUAGCCAGAAGAUCCUGCUUGAUGAUGUUGAUUGUCGGGGCUUUGAGACAAAUAUCUUCAACUGUCGGCAUAGCACUGUCGGUGUUAAUAACUGCGACCAUAGUGAAGAUGUCGGCGUCUCAUGUGUGUCAACGCCAAUGUCGGAUGCUCAGAUCCACUUGGUUAACGGUACUUCCCCGAGGGAGGGGCGGGUUGAGGUGUCCGUAGACGGCGGGGCCACAUGGGGAACCAUUUGUGAUGACCAUUUUAACAACACGGAGGCGGGGGUCAUCUGUGCCUCACUUGGAUACGAGAGAGGAUCAGCACUCGCGAAAUUGAAUUCCUACUUUGGCGGUGGAUCGAAAUCGCAGGUCAUCCUGUUAGAUGACGUCUACUGCAAGGGGAACGAAACGAAUAUAUUAGCGUGCCAGCACCGACCCGUCGGUGAAAGCAACUGUGCACACGUCGAGGACGUUGGUGUUUCUUGUCUUAGCGCGACUAACCUCCGUGUGCGUCUUGUUGACGGUCCUACCUCACACGAAGGGCGGGUAGAGGUGUCGGAUGACGGCGGCCUCACGUGGGGCACGGUUUGUGAUGACGGCUUUGGGGACAUGGAGGCCAGGGUCGUGUGCCACAUGCUGGAAUACCCUUGGGCGGGCGCUGUAGCACUACGCAAUGCGCCUUACGGUGAGGGCAAUUCCACCUCUCUCAUCUUGUUGGAUGACGUACAGUGCACUUCCGCCGACAUGAACAUCUUCUUCUGUAGACACAACGGUAUCGGUGAAGAAAACUGCGACCACAACGAGGACGUCGGUGUUCAGUGUCGUCCGAGCAAAUGAUAAACGAAAAGGGCAAUUGUUUCAUUUUACAUCAAUAUGCUCUCAUUUUGCUUGUAUAUAUC